AUAUAACAACUGACGAUCUUAAUACAUCAAGUGGUACUCGUCUAUCAACUAAUGCUAAACAAAUGAGCGGUGGAAAAUAUAAUGAAGAAGAAACAGACGAUUUUGAUUCUAUCAAUGUCAUUCCCCUGCAAGAAUAUUCUACUGCUUCAUCAUCAAUUAACAAAUUCAAUAAUAGUAAAUAA